AUGCGCCAAUUUCACACCGCAUACACGAGUUUUGUGGCGGGCAAUACAGUUUAUCAGUCUAGCAACCGCCCUCGGGGAAAAAUCAUCCUUGCCACCUGGCUUCAAACAUUGCUUUUCACUGAACUGUUGGGCGCUGCUAUAAUAACUAGCACUGGUAUCAAUAAGGGGAUCAAUGCCUCCAAAGGAGGCUACAAUGAGGCUGGAGUUGGGGUCCUUCUUGGUGCAGUAUUUUUUCUUCAUAUAGGAGGAUUUGGAAAAUUCUGUGUUGUGAUCCUUGCGCUGUCUAUAGUUGCUAAUGACUGUCCGAGAAUUUAUUGGGUAUCCUUUACAUUGAUGGUCAUGGGGCGAUGGAUACGGCACGUUUCUCAAUUUCUAUGGACGAUGGUCGCUUCAAUAGCCUAUAUCGCAAUCGCAAUUCCCGGAUAUAGCAGCCUUGAGAUUUCUCACGGGAACUUCAUGCGCUUCAUUGGAUAUCGGCUUGUCAACUAUGAGGGAAUUGGCCACGUUGUCUUUAGGGGAAAUUUCUCUAGUUAUCGACCAGAGGACCACGACAACCGAGAAAAGCUUUCACCUGGGAUUGCUGCUUUACUUACAUUCUGUUGUGGAAUUGGCGGCAUGGUGAGUGAAAUGAGCCAACCAAGAUGGGUUGGCCUGAUCGCUGAGAACGCGGCAUUGACUUCUACUGGCUUCGAGCUGGGUUUGCGUUUGCUGCUGGGUCAUACACUAUACUUAUGA